GAAGAAUUUAUUUCACUUUAAAAAAGAUGGUUCAAAGUAAGGUAGUUCCAAUUGAUGUUGCAUUUCUCACGUAUGAUCCAAAGAAAUGUUCAGACACGCCUGUCGUCAAACAGGACAAUUCCUGUGUUGUUGGAUAUGAGGAAUUAAAGAGACAUCGAGAAAUGAAGAGAAAAGAUAAAGAUUCGAUGGGCCCUGAAGCUUAUCACCAUUAUAAAUGGUAUAAUUCAAUGCUGGCUCACGAAAUAAAGACAAAUCCGGAAGCAUCCAAGAUUAAAGUCAUCCAUUGGCACAUUGAGUCAGGAAAUAUGGAAGCUUUCAUGCUUAAUGGAAAGCUAUAUAAAAAUGUGUCAAUAAUUAUUGGGGAAAUGGAGCAUUGGUAUUGUGCAAAUGUUGGAAAAGAAGCAUGUCAUGUCUAUGGAUCAAGAUACCGCAAGAAUGCAAAAACUCCUGAACAAUGUGCUAAAAGAUUGGCAAUUUUUACAAUUGAUGAUAAUGAGGCACAUUUUGUAGUCAAAGAUGAGAAUGUCUCUAAAUGUACGAUGGACAUUUGUGCUAAUAACUGCAUUGAAUGCAAAAAGUAUCGAUCGCCAUUUAGUAAGAAUAUCAAGACUCAAUGUGCUUGUUUUCCUUCAAAAGAGGAAUUUAGAAGGAUCCACGAGAGCGAUGAUGACUAUGAAAGUGAUGAUGAGGACGAAGAUAUUGUACAAGACGUCCAAAAAUCGAAAAACUUCCUUCAAAAAAAGGGUCUCUUUGGAGGAUUAUUUAGGCUUAAAGCAAUUCAUGAAGAAUAA